ACUUGUGUGAUGUUUGCAGGUUUAAUUUCGGUAUUUCUGUGUACUUAUGCAUAUUUUGAUAUUGGUUUAUUUUAUACAAUACUCAACACUAUGAACAUGGUUUCCAUUGGGAUUUAUCAGCAAUGAUGAUUGAUUUGCCGUUACCUACAUAAAAGACUUGGAUUUAUACUUGAUAUAUGAUAACUGUGUUCAUUUUGAUGGUAUAGUGUUCUGGAUUUUAUAACCGCUGUCAAAUGUGCAAUGCAUUAUGAAGAUAAUGAAAUCAAAGUUGCAGAUUACUUUGUUGUAGCAGGAUUGACAGAUACAUCAUGUGUUCAAGAUGUAGAGUUGCCAUUUCCAACAACAAACCACAAAAUAAAUUCAAAGACAAAGGACCCUAUUACGGAUAUUUGCAUCAUUGAUAAAACUCUUGAUGAACAAUGUCCUCAAGGAUUUACCUGUAUCGAUAAAACACCAUCUGGAUUGCUUGCAGAUCUUAAUCAUGGAAGUUUUACUGCCCAUAAUAUUUUUUUAUGCUAUCGAAGGGGGAGAGAUAGACCACCAUUGGUCGACCUCGGUGUUUAUUAUGAGGGUUUGGAGACCGUAAAAAAUGGUAUUUCGAUUGUUGAAACUACACCUUCUGGGAGAACAGCCAACGUGAAUAACAAAUCUGGAAUGGGUAGUUUUCCAAUCUAUCUCACAUACAGAAGAGCAGAAGCAUCGGCACCUCAGAGCACGUUGGUUGUCACAGAUAUUUGUGUUAUUUUGACUAAUAAAAAUGAAUACCCCCCUUAUGCAUAUUGUCUCAUUGACAAAAAUCUUAAUAAGGGCAUGAUUGGGUCCAGUGUGUUUUUGUGCUAUAAAAAGUCUAUGAGACAAGUCAACUCAAUUGCAUUUAAAGCAGGUUUACUUGGUCGAUAUCCAGCUGAAGAUAAUGAAAGUUUUGUACUCCCUGCAACAGUACCUUUGUUUUGUCUACCUAUGGGUGCUACUAUUGAAUGUUGGUCGAAGAAAACAAAGCAUCCUCUGCCAUCAUUUUCAUCUUUUGUACUCACAACUGAAAAAUCAGAAAAAAUAUAUGGUGCUGUUGUUUCAUUCUAUGAAAAUUAUCCUGAAGAUAAACUAAAAGAAGAUCACAAGUAUACCCUUGGAUUAUUACGAGCUGAUGGUCAUCGGAGCAGUCAAGAAAAAACAAUUCACACGAUCAAGGCAAUUUGUAUGCUAUCAAGAUGGCCUCUGUUUGACGCUUUUCGCGAUUUCUUAAUUUACCUGUAUCGGUUAACAGUGUCACCUAUCGCUCAUAUUGUGCCUAUUGAAAGACAUAUUGCCCACUUCAUGAAUAAUGUGCCAUUUCCUUCACCACAAAGACCAAGAGUUCAAUAUCAGAUGUCUCCAAUGCAUGCUACAACUCUAACAAGACCACAGAUAACUCCUAUACCAUUGAGUGGAGCAUCCUUCCUGGCGUUGCUUGAUGAUCUUGGAGCGGACAAUACACUCACUCUCAUAACACUCGCACUUACAGAGCACAAAUUGGUUGUUCACUCACUCAGAAGGGCAGAAAUUACUAGAGUUGCUGAAGCGUUAAUAACGCUUUUGUUUCCAUUCAAAUGGCAAUGCACUUAUGUACCUCUUUGUCCUUUGGAAAUGGCUUAUGUACUCGAGGCACCUUGUCCUUUUAUAGUAGGAGUUGAUUCUCGAUAUUUUGAUAUGUACGAACCUCCUCACGAUGUUACAUGUGUUAAUCUUGAUACAAAUAGCAUCACACAGAUGUAUGAAAAGAAAUAUAGUUGGAAAAUCUUGCCGAAAAAACCUGCUAAACAUGCUCGAAAUAUUCUACAAAAUCUAUUCAAGGAGAUUAAGCACUCAUGUCCCCGUAGAAAAGAUGAUGAGGGUGAAUAUAUCGGAUCACUCGAUCCUGAGUUGACAAGAACAGCAAGGCAUAUGCAGAUCGAGAUAAUAAUACAAGAGACAAUAUUAAAAUUCAUGGCAGUCCUUAUGAAAGAAUACAGAGAAUAUCUUUUGCCAAUAACUGAAGCACCAAGUAUUGGAACUACUGAUCCCAGUUCAUUGUUCAGCAUUCAAGAUUUUAUCAGAUGUCAAGAUAAAGCAAGUCAACGUUUCUUCACGUUAUUAACUGGUACUCAGUUAUUUGCCGCUUUUGUGGAAGCAAGAUCUUUUGCAUCAUUUACUGGAGCUGAUGGUGCAGGAAAAGCAGCAAGUCUUGUGUUUUUUGAUGAGUGUAUUGAUAGACUCGGAGGAGAAUUUCAUGAUAAUGUGAGGUUGAUUGAAGCAGAUGAUACUCUGAAGAGUGAAAGAACAGUUUUCGUUAUGCCACCUGAUGAAAAAGGACUUCCAAUCGAUGUUGGUUAUCAGUACACAACUUUCCCUGAAUUGCAAGAAGAAUUAUUUGUCUUGGAUAAUGAUAAAGAUAAAGAGAGUAUUGAAUCUGGUUCCCUGAAAGGAGGCACGCUUGAAAAACAGAGAAGAAGAUCAGGAACUUUUGUUAUUGGACGAAGGACGAAACAAGAAAUAAAAGUCACACAGAAGCAAGCAAAAUUGUACAGCUCAAAUCCACAGAUGUGGGCUCGUCUAUUGUUAUCAAACACAUACAGUGUUUGGUAUGGAUGUUUAACGGAACUUGUCCGACAAAGUAACUCAAAAGCUGCUGUACUUCGAACAAGCCAUGAUAUUCUUUACCUGAUGAAAGAGAAAGGAUGUAUGCCACUGCCUGACGAGACGUGUUAUCGCGUAUUAAUGCACUUAUGUACACUGUACAAUAAACCAGUCCUCGCAGUUCGUGUGUAUAAUUUUGUUCGUGAUUCUGGGACUCAAUUGAGUGCGAUAACAUAUGGACUUUAUAACAAGGCUGUUUAUGAAUCAACAUGGCCGUCAUCAAACAGAGAUGGGUACAUGUUAUGGCAAAAAUUACGCAACGUCAUUAUUGCAACAGCUAAAUUAAGGAGAUUGAUUCGGCAUGUCGAUUCGACUAGUACACCUGAUUAUUCAGACACAAAAAGUGAUUUGGAUUCAUUAAGUCAGAAUAGUUCUGAUGCACCUAAUAAACAUUCAUCUCCAAAGCAACAGUCAGAGGACAAAGAUGGGAAUCAUACUGAAAUAACAAAGUCUGAUAAUACAGAACAAACUCACAGAGGACGUUUAGUUGAGCCACCUGCAACACUGUCCUUAACUGAAGUUAAUAAAGUAGAACAAGGUGGUGGAGAUAAUCAAACAAAUAUCAAUAAACCAAUCAGUUUUGAGACUGAAAUUUUGGUGAAGAAAGCAAUGACACCUGUUAGCGAGACAGGGAAUGAUGCAGACACUCCUACUUCCAAUAAUAUAUCGUCACCUGAUUCUAUUCAUGGACGUUGUAAUUCAAUUGUCAAAAAUGCAGCUGAGAUAUCACCAGUGUCAACUCCUCUUGCAGAAGAGCCUGAAGAUAAUGGAAUUUUUUAUGGAAAAUCAAUCAAACACGAGGGUAUAAAACAGAGGGCGUAUUCAGCACCUCGUCGACUAUCUUCACCAGGAACGCCCGGCAGUGACGGAAGUCAUGCAGACAAUCAUCAACAACAGAGAGAACUUCGCAAAAAUGAUCUCAAAUACUUAACAAGGCAAAGAUCUGCUUCUGACCACAUACCUGACAGAGAAUCCAGUGAAAACGUCGGCUCUAUUGUCGAAAAAAAAUCAUUUUUUGAACCUUCACAAGGAGACUCUGGUGUGUCUCUUGCCGAGGAUCAGAACUUAAGAAAUAAUUUUGAUAAUAUGACAGCAGAUGAUAUUGUUACUCCCUCACCCCAAAAAUCUCGAAGUUAUAUUUCUAAACGAUCAAGGGCUAGAUCAAAGUCCGGAAAUAAAAUUCAUUCGCCAGCAUCUCCAGCAAAAAAUUCAGAAUGGAAUAACACAAAUAAUACUUCAAUAACUACAGAUCAAAAUAAUAUGCAAAAAGACAAAUCCUCUCCUGUAAAUGGUACGACAGCUAUCACUCGAAAGCCAAGUCAAAAACAACUAAUAGAAAGAAUGGAUGUUACACAUCUUGCACUUGAUCCUUUGUCACCGCCUCCAACUUUGAACACAAGAUCAUCUGAUCCAUUUGACGAUAAUUCAUCAACAGACGCAAUGUCAAAAAGUGACAGUGGAGGGCGUCAUCUUCUUGAUGAAAUCCAACAAUAUAUGACAAGAGAUGAUCCAACAUUUGAUCAGUCACAAUCCACAAUGGAUAGUGUAGGCGAGGAAGGGAGUUUGUCAACUGAGAGUGCUAUUGUGUCACAAGAAGAUGAGAGUGAUUCUGAGACACCCAAGCGUCGUGGUAGCAUACAUGGAGAAGGAACACCUCCACGUAAACACCCUCCUCCUGGACUACUAACUAGAUCAUUCACAUUUGCACCUGGUUCAACCUUAUCGAGUGGAUUGAUGAAUUCUGGUUCCAAACUUAAUAGCUUGUUCAAAGCAACAACUAGUAAAGCGAAACAACUGGCAACUAGCUUUGCAAAAGAUAUCAAUAACACCGUACAAUCCAAUCUUGCCUAUUACACCCCUGAGAAGUUUAAAGGAUCAUUGUCUGAAUUAACAAGAGAUGAGUAUGGAGGAUCAAGCUCUCACCUAAGAAAAAGUCGAGAUGAUUUGUACAGCAGCCAAUCAAGCAUAAGAAGUUCUGAUAGCAAACAAAGUGGAUUCGAUAUUACAGGUUCGAUGACGUUUAAAGGUACAAAUGAAGUUGACAGAAGAAAAAGAGAAGAUACCAAACAUAAUUAUCGUCCAGUUAGUUAUCCAUCAACAACAUUAGGUGAAAAUUCAUCUCAUCUUGAAGUACCUGGCAGUAAUAUGAAUACUGCACAUCUCCAUCUGGCAGCAUCCAUCAACUCUUUAAAUACUAAGGGUACUUGUGAACUUGAUAUAACACUGUCAAGUUGUUCCAAAUGUCAAAAAUGUGAAUCUCUUGUUUACGAUGAAGAAAUUAUGGCGGGGUGGAUGGCUGAUGAAUCUAAUCUCAAUACUCAUUGUCCAUUCUGCAACUCACUGUUCGUUCCAGUUCUUCAUAUUGAUAUCAAGGAUUACAGAAGAAAAAGUAAGAAGUCAGCACUUCAUACAAAAAGAUCAAACACUUCAUCAACAACACAAGAUGAUGAUGACCUGGAUGGAUCAUAUCUUGAAGAAAAUAUUUCUGCGAAAGAUGAAAACAAAAGCAUGAAAAGAAAAGGGAAUCUUUCACCCCCGUCAAUUUCAGAGCCUGGUGAUGGGACAUUCACAAUCAUGGAGCCAAUCAAUGUACCAUACCUAAGUCCUUUGGUCUUGAGAAAAGAAUUGGAGAGUAUGCUUGAGAAUGAGGGUACAAGGGUGUUGGGAGAACCUGACUUUGUUGAUCAUCAUCCUAUUGUAUACUGGAAUUUUGUAUGGUAUUUCCGAAGAUUGAAUUUACACUCAAAUCUGUAUAAUCUAAUUUUGAAGUCUAAUCUUGUAAAUAAAGAUGUCGAUACAACUAAUGAAGCUACUAAUAAUGAUGGUUCGAAAAGAAGUACAAGUGGUGUGGUUGUAAUCCAUAUCAUGUGGGACAAUUUGAAAUUGCAUGAAGGAAUGGCAAAACCUCCAUUAUAUUGGUCUUAUCUUCAAAUGUGCACACCCAAUUCAUCUGUUGAAAAUCAUGCUUAUUCCCUUAGUUUUCUUGAAAAUAUGAAGCAAAGUAUAAAAGCUGAUGAUGUCCGAGGACCCCUUGUUGCUUUGUUAAAUGAGUUUUCUGCUCAGAAUUAUACUCACUCACAAGUUCGAAGAAGUGCAUAUCGUGAAAUACUCUUUUUGAUUAUUGUUGCACUUGGAAAGAAUUCAAUUGAUAUUGAUGCCUACGAUAGAGUGUACAAUGAGGCAUUUGAUUCACUUACCAUGCAAGAACUUGGCAUGACGAGAAAAUGUGAUAAACCACCCAGAACUAAUACAAGAGAAUGUAGAAAUAUAUUUGGUGAAUUAAAUCUCUUAUAGUGUUUUUUAAAAUCAUAAGAUAUUCUAUGGAAGCAGGCGAAAUUUGUAAUCAAUCAUGAGAGCAAGCAUGUAUAUUGGUAUCAGAGCUUGUCUCCAAUCAUAACACCAUCAUCGUUGACAUCACACCAAUCACAAUAAAUGAUUCAAAUUCACAAAUCAAAGUGUCAAACUCUUUUAGAGCUAGAUGAAAGGACUUAAAAUGUAUUGCGAUAUUUUAGAAAUAUUUUACCGUGUCUAACUCUAAUUUUUGAAUAUAGUAAUAACAUAAAAAUACUAAAUUUAAUUGUCAAUUCACAAUCCCUUUUGUCUCAAAUUUUUCUUGUUUAUUAUCUGAUAAUGAUAGAAUAUCAGGUAUGUUUAUUAGUGAAAUUAAUCUCUUGGAGAAACAAG